AUGAGUCAACCGCUCACGGACGCCGUUGGUGCAACUGCAGCCGUUUACGUUUACGCAGCCGCCAUUUUGGAGUAUCUAACCGCAGAAGUCUUGGAGCUGGCCGGUAACGCAAGCAAGGAUCUGAAAGUGAAGCGUAUCACGCCAAGGCAAUUGCAGCUUGCUAUCUGUGGUGACAAGGAGCUCGAUAUCCUCAUCAAAAGAACGCAAUUUCUACAAUGGGCGAUUGAUUAA